AUGCCGCCGCUACCACGGGAGGUGUGGACGCACCAGGACGCCCUGCAGAUAGCCCUGGGGGCGGUGACGACGGUGUACGGCAGCCACGCAUCGCUGCGCUUCCACGACUGGCGCGUCGCCGAGGGGAUGGUGGUGCGGCAGGUGUUCACCGUGCGGACCGACCAUAGAGGGAACGAGGGGCCGGUGUCGUAUAAGACGCCGGAGAAACGGGAGGAGAUAGAGCGCAGAAGGCGGGUCACGACCGUGGUGUACAACUUCGUGACCGAGCAGGGCGGGAGUGAGCAGCGGGGGGCCCACAUCACCUUCCAGCGGAUCGCCAUCUUCACGGCCUACGACACACGCCGGGACGAGCCGACGUCAGGGCUGACGGAGGAGCAGGAGCUCAACCCCCUCGCUCACAUCGGCCUCAUCUAAGGGAGGGCAACGACCAUGAGCAUCCACUCCGCCCCCACCACCGCCACCCAGACCGGCGCCGAGCCGACCAACAACACCAACCCCGCCCUCGCCACCGCCACCGAGACCGUCACCGAGACCGGCGUUGCGACCGCUGCCGCCGCUGCCACCAUCCCCACCCUGAGGAGCCCAUCGAAGCGGCCGCUGCCGCUACCGGGCGAGAAGGGCGAGACGGAGGACGGGGAGAGACGGCAGAAGGCCCGCAACGAGGCGCAGCAGCAGCAGCAGCAGCAGCAGCAACAGGGGGUGGUGCCGAUGUAUUGGUACAUGCCAUGGAUGGGCAUGAUGGGGGCGGACGGGACGGGGAUGGGCGUGGCUGGGGGUGAGGGCAUGAACACCACCACCCACAACCACCAGGCGCCCCCUGGACAACACGCCCCCACCCCGGCCGCAGCACAGCAGUGGUGGGGUGGCUACCCGCCGUACGCACUCUAUGGCAUGCCGCCAGGCGCGACGGCCCAGCAGACCACCACACCCUCCCAGCAACGGGCAGCUCAGCCUGAGCAGAAGCCCCAGGAACUGGAGGGGGAGGCGCUGACGGCGGCGGUAGUGGAUUUUGGGAAGAAGAAGCAACAGCAGCAGAGCACUGGCGGACACUCGGCGGACGACCAGGCCAGCGCUGCGGCAGGAGGGGGCGAGGAACCCACAGCCGCGGCGGAGAAGGACAGCGGAGAGCCGAGGGCUGCGGGGCUGGAGGGAUCGGACGCUGCCCCAUCGCCCCCGAACGAUGGCUAG